AUGCUUGCGGCCGUCGGCGGGUCGGCGCACUGCCUCGAGGCGCUCGACUUGGGCGGCUGCACCGUCCUCUCGGCCGACGCCGUCGCCACCGCCGCCGAGGCGCGCGUCCGGCGGCGCGAGCGAGGGUCGGCCGAUCUCACGCGAGGUUGCGACGCGUCAGGCGUGCUCGCGCACUUGUCGCUCAACAACGUGCCCGCCCUCGGCGACGCGUGCCUCGUCGCGCUCAAGGAGCACUGCGCCGACAGCCUCGAGUCGCUCGACCUCAGCUGGUGCCGCGCCGUCUCGGACAACGGCGUCGGCGCGCUCGUCGACGCGGCGCCGCGCUUGCAGCGCCUCACCGUGUGGGGGUGCUCGCAGCUGACGAACCGCUUCUACGAGGGGCACUCGCGCGAGCAUCUGCGCGUGGUCGGCCGCAGCAUCUGA